CUCCCUCCUGCCCUAUAAGGAGCUGUGUUCUUCGUGUCCUUCUUUGGAGAAGUUGGACCAGACUGUGGACCGGCCCCAGUCCGGGUUUUAUGGACCUGAAACAUCAGAGUUUGGUCCAGUCCUCAGACCUGCUCCGAGCGAGAUCGGUCCUGCUCUGGUCCCAGUCCUGGUCCCGUCCCGCUUUAGUCCUGGUCCCUGGUCCCAGACCCGCUGUAGUCCUGUUGUAGUCCCGGUUUAGUCCUGGUUUAGUCCCGGUUUAGUCCCUGUGAUCAUGUGUGAUGAAGAGGAGAGCACCGCGCUCGUCUGUGAUAACGGCUCCGGUUUGUGUAAAGCUGGAUUCGCCGGAGACGACGCCCCCAGAGCCGUGUUCCCGUCCAUCGUGGGACGUCCCCGGCACCAGGGCGUGAUGGUGGGCAUGGGGCAGAAGGACAGUUACGUUGGAGACGAGGCUCAGAGUAAAAGAGGAAUUCUGACGCUCAAAUAUCCGAUUGAACACGGAAUCAUCACCAACUGGGACGACAUGGAGAAGAUUUGGCAUCAUUCCUUUUAUAACGAGCUCCGUGUGGCCCCUGAGGAGCACCCCACCCUGCUGACCGAGGCCCCCCUCAACCCCAAGGCCAACAGAGAGAAGAUGACCCAGAUCAUGUUCGAGACCUUUAACGUCCCGGCGAUGUACGUGGCGAUUCAGGCCGUGCUGUCGCUCUACGCCUCCGGACGCACCACAGGCAUCGUUCUGGACAGUGGAGAUGGAGUGACCCAUAACGUUCCGAUCUAUGAAGGCUACGCUCUUCCUCACGCCAUCAUGAGGCUGGACCUGGCAGGACGAGACCUCACCGACUACCUGAUGAAGAUCCUGACCGAGAGGGGCUACAGCUUUGUGACCACAGCGGAGCGUGAGAUCGUGCGGGACAUAAAGGAGAAGUUGUGUUACGUGGCGUUGGACUUCGAGAACGAGAUGGGCACCGCCGCCACGUCCUCGUCUCUGGAGAAAAGCUACGAGCUCCCGGACGGGCAGGUCAUCACCAUCGGCAACGAGCGCUUCAGGUGCCCCGAGACGCUCUUCCAGCCCUCCUUCAUCGGGAUGGAGUCGGCCGGGAUCCACGAGACGACGUACAACAGCAUCAUGAAAUGCGACAUCGACAUUCGUAAAGAUCUUUACGCCAACAACGUUCUGUCCGGAGGAACAACCAUGUACCCGGGCAUCGCCGACCGCAUGCAGAAGGAGAUCACCGCCCUCGCCCCCAGCACCAUGAAGAUCAAGAUCAUCGCGCCGCCGGAGAGGAAGUACUCGGUGUGGAUCGGCGGCUCCAUCCUGGCGUCUCUGUCCACGUUCCAGCAGAUGUGGAUCAGUAAACAGGAGUACGACGAGGCCGGUCCGUCCAUCGUCCACCGCAAAUGCUUCUAAAAACUACAACUACCACUGGUCCCGCUCCACUUCCUGUCCCCGCCCCACACUUCCUGUCCCUCGUCCAAUCACAGUGCAGAGCUCUGAAAGGGCCGCUCCCAUUGGUCUGUAACCUGCACCUGAGCGUUUGAAUAAACGAAGCUCUUUGA